AUGAGUUUCUCGUUUGGGACGAAAUCGACCACUGGGACAUCAUCGCUUUUUGGUACAAGUUCCAGUACAGCGACAUCAUUAUUUGGUUCAUCCACGUCUGGAACGACAACUGCACCAUCAGGAAUUUUUGGUGGCUUGACAUCGACAUCUUCUUUGUUCGGCGGUGGAACUACGUCAUCUGGUGGCCUGUUAUUUGGUUCAUCAACGAUUACCGCCUCAGCUCCCUCCUUAUUCGGUUCUUCGACCACUUCAACUGGCAGCCUUUCUUUAUUCCAAGCGAAACCUACGAGCUCAUUAUUUAGUUCGACGCCAAGCACAUCAACUUCGAAUGCUUGCUUAUUCGCGACGCCUGCAAACACCAGCUCUACAUUUCUUUUCAACUCAUCAGCGUCUAGUACCGAUGCUACGGGGGCGUCGACAAAUAUAUGCGGUGCCAGCAGCUCAUCGAUAUUUGGGUCCGCAUCAGCACCUUCAACUGGUCUGUUUGGUGCUCCAGCGACAACUUCAUCAGGACUUUUCGGUAUAUCGAAGCCUUCACUUAAUGCUACAACUACAACUAGCACCGCAGUUUUCAGUUCCUCUAUUAAUAGUCUCCCAUCAAGCGGAUUGUUUGGAACUCCAUCUACAACGACUGCUUCAUUGUCAGGCGGAGCAACCACGGUAUCUACGGGUUUAUUUGGAGGUGGUUCAGUUCCAUCAACAACAACGGCAGCAACAACGUCACUGUUUGGUGUCUCAAACGUUUCUUCAACCCCGAUGUUUGGAUCAGCUGUUUCUACCAAGACCACUGCAUCUGGUUCGCUAUUUGGGACCUCUGCAACACCUCCCAUUUUUGGCACCGCAACGACAACUGCAGCAACUUCUGGUGCAUCCCUUCUUCAAGCACAAGCAACUCCACCCCUAUUUAGUAUUGCUUCAACUGCGUCUUCUACAGUAUCCUCAUGUGUUUCUGACUCAACAAUGACAACAACAGCUGCACCUUCUUUUGGAUUGGCUGCAACAACCAGUAGUAUGAAACCUCUCUUUAGCACAUCGGUUACAACUGUCACUGGUACUACUCCCUCACUUUUUGGUGUAGCCGUGACAACCAGUACCACUCCUACGUCGACACUUUUUGGAGUUCCAGCGGCUACGCCGUCAACUACUACACCAUCGCUCUUUGGAGCAAGUGCCCCUUCUAUUGGUGCCCCUGUACCUUCUCCAUUCGGCACGUUAUCUGCAGUGACGUCCACGACAACUCCGUCCCUUUUUGGUUCCAUUACUACAACUGCUUCAAGUUCUACACCGUCAUUGCUUAGCACUACUGGUGGAUCCACCACUGCAGCUGUGCCACUGUUUGGUUCUGCGACGAUUACUGCAUCCGCUCCAACACUGGUACCGACCGGUAGUAGUGGGAUAACCUCAGCGCCUACUACCGCUUCCUCACUCGGAACUACCUCCAGUAUUACGUACACAGUGACACCAUUAUUUGGAACAACCGCAACAAAGUCAGCGACUGCCUCAGGUUUUCUUGGAGCGUCCACUACAACUACCUCUGUUGGCAUUUUGGGUUCUUCAGUGACACCUAAAACCACCUCUACGGGUGGUCUAUUCGGUACAACUUCUUUCACAGUCACCACUACCUCACCAUCAGGUGGACUUCUGUUUGGCACUAAAACCACAGCUUCUAGCACACCUGGUAUUCUUGGUAGUGCUACAACGACGACUCCACUGUUUGGUGGAAAAACAAUGCCAUCUUUGUUUAGUGCUACCUCGUCUAUAAGUAGUCUUAGUGCAAUAUCAGGAGUUGGUGCUACAGCGACUGGAACAGCAGUUGAGAAAGAAAAUUGGCGUGAAGGCAUCGUACCAAAGCCAAUUAGAGAAGUUGUCCUACAACUCAGAGAAAAACUAAAAGAGAACAAGAAACUGACCGAAGAAUUCACUGCAGCUUCAGGUGAUGGCACAAUUAAAGUAAAAGAAUGUCUCAAGGAGGUUGAACACAAAUUAUGUGAAGUGUAUAGCAAAACAGUGGAAUGUGAUAUGAAAUGUGUCCAACUAAAUGCACGUAUUGCCAAGGACGUACAGUUGGGUGACAUAGCACAACGUGUUCAGGAAUCGGUUAAUAAAAAUGUCCACCUUAGCUCCCAUACACAGAUCGUUCAAUACAUUGUCGAUAUUAUUCGUGAAUACGACGACGCUGUAAUUUUCUACCAGGAUACCAUUGAAGAUAUUGAAGCGAGAUUGAACGCACUUUUGAAUGGAAAGGGGACGAUGACAGUGAGCAGCUUAAAGGAACUUCUGACGCGAUUCGACAUUGCUUUUAGUAGAGUGGCCACCAAACUAUUUGAUGCAUCUAGUAAAGUGCAGGAUGUCAGAUCUGUGUUGACUGCUGAUGGAUCUAUGUAUAUGUUGCGAGAUGCACUGAACCGUCGAGUGGACACGUCGUCUCGCUUGCAGUCGUUUAACACCCUUCGCGGUAACGACUUUGUGCCUUCUCAAUCGGCUAUUGCGGAAUUGGGCAAGCAGCUGAAGCCUGCAGCUGGCGCUGCUCCUGCAGCUGGAACUGGUCUAUUCGGUUCUACAACAAGUAGUUCGCUUUUCGGAUCAGGUGCAACAACCACAAAGCCGUUCUCUUUCGCAACAACGUCUUCUGGAGGGACAUCCUUGUUUCCAUCAUUAUCUUCAUCAACGACAGGACCCUUGUUUUCAUCACUGACAUCUACCACUGCAAAUGCUCCAAAACCAGCCCUAUGUUUUGGUUCAACAAUCACAAAUAAUUCUAGCGGGCUAUUGUUUAGUAGCAAAAAAUAA